UGCGACAGGAAGAAUGUGGGCUGUAAUAUUCUGGGUAGUGAGCUUGUUGACUACAGUGAGCAUUUCAGACAAGCAACCAGAACUACAGAAACCUGUGCUGACUCAGGUCCCCAAACUGGAUGAGGUAUACACUGAAGAGAAAGUGACCUUGACGUGUGACAUUGGAGAAGGUUGGCAAUAUCACUGGUUUAAAAACAAUGUGAAGAUUCAAGAGAAUGCUUCUACUGACAGAUAUUUUACUGGGAAACAGUACAUUUUCAGUGAAAGGACAGAUUCUUUGGUGGUGGAAUACACGUGCCAGGGAUAUAGAGUAGAAGACAAUUCUUCCUUUUCCCAAAAGAGUGACGCUGUAAUUAUAAGAGUCAUUGAUCUGCCCAAACCCACACUGACACAUUGGCCUGAAUGGAGCCCUGUGUAUAUUGGUGAGAGUGUCACUCUGAGAUGUCACAGCACCUGGAAAUAUUUGUGGUUCAAAGAUGAUAAGUGUCUCAGUGCCAGUGGUGGUCAACAGGACUAUAACUACACAGUAACUGAAGACUCCGACCAAGCGGAAUACAAGUGUCAAGGGUAUAAUGAAGAAAGAAACCUUUUUUCCCAUUACAGUACCUCUUUCACACUUAAAGUAAAUGAGUUACCAAAACCUGUAAUCUCCCAUUACCCUGAAUGGACAGAUUUAUACUCUGGAGAGAACAUGACUAUCAUGUGUGAGUUUGAAGAAGGCUGGCAAUACCAGUGGAUUAAAAAUGGCAAGCCGAUAAACACCCAUGAAGGUGACCAAAAUAAAACCGGAAGCCUCUACAUUAUCACUGACCCUACACAACCUAAAGAGCAGAAGUACCAGUGCCAGGGGUAUAAUGAGAAGCGAAAGGUAUUUACAAAGAAAAGUGAGCUUGUUACUUUGAAAAUAAGCGAUCUCCCCAAACCUACGCUGAAGCGGCAGCCUGCAUACAGGACUCUGUACGAGGGUGAUAGUGUUUCACUGAAGUGUGAGGUGAAGGGAGUAAGCAAAUAUUUAUGGCUGAAAGAUGGUAAACUCCUUUCUUCUGAAGAGAGAGUAAAUACAAAUGGAGACACCUAUAACAUUAAAGCAGCUACACAAUCGGACAAUGGAGUGUACGGGUGUCAGGGGUUCAUUGAAGACAGGAAUGUGCACACCCCAGUCAGCAAGCCUCUGACCCUAAGCUUGUCUGAGUUGUUCACUGACCCUGUUCUGACAAUCAUUCCUGCCACUUCAGUUUUUGACGGGGAUCCUGUGAUUCUUCAGUGUCAGUCAACUAGCACAAAAUGGGAAACACAACUCAAUUAUAGUUUUCUUAAGGAUGAGGGUACAUUACAUCAUGAUUCAAAACAGAAUCGCAUUCAAAUUUUUAAAACUAGUGAGACGGACAUUGGAAAAUAUACAUGUGAGGUGGAUGUCACAGGGACGAACAUUAAGAAGACCAGCAACAGUGUUCAGUUGACAGUAAAAGGGAGCAACCCCAAACCUGUUCUGACCCUUAUACCUCCUUGGGAGUAUAUAUUUACAAUGGAGACUGUGAGUCUGGUGUGUCAAGUUGACUCUAAACGUGAUGACUGGAAAUAUCAAUGGUUCAAAGAUGGUGAUGACACUCCUCUGCCGUGUAAUGACAACUGCAACAUCACUCGAGUUACUGUGUCUGACGAGGGCCGGUACUGGUGUCGAGGAAAGAGGGGAGACCCUCCUGUCUAUUCCCAAACAAGUAAUUUUGUUAGUUUAAACAUAUCAGAACUGCCGGAAGUCAAACUAAACCUGGAACCACCACACACACAGAUAUUUGCUGGACAUAGUUUUACUUUGAGAUACAUCUUUUUAGACUCUCUGUAA